AUGUCUAUCGUCCUCGAUGUGAACCUGCUCUUCCCCAUCGUUUACCUGCUCUUCUGGGGUUUCCUGCUGUUCUUCAGUUUCUGCUCAGAGCCGCUGGUGUGUGGGACUGCCCUGGCGAUCAUCCUGACUGGCGUUCCUGUCUACCUGCUUGCUAUCGAGUGGAACCAGAAGCCCAAGUUCCUCGGGCGCAUCAUUGAAGCAGCGAUGUUUUCCGGACAGAAGCUGUGUUUUGUUGUUUACCCUCAGGAGGAGAUACCAGAGGAGAACGGACAACCUCCAACCCCAAAUCUGGAUGGGAAGUAGUAACUGUUGCAAAGUGGGUCCAGACCACAUUGAGCAGUCACCAACCCGAUGGCACCCAGGGCAGGAAUAUGUCGCCAAAAACACACGAGCGUAUGCCCAAGAGACAGAAGUUCCCAGCUUUUCCCCGUAGUGGUGGGUAGAGAUCCAUAGAGAACGUAGGCAGGUCCAGCAACCAGCCAGAGGUUGGAGCAGGCACAAGCCCAGUUUUUGAGACGACCCUGAUUCCAAACCUCCCCUCACCCAUCCCAUCCUGAGAAACUGCGCUGAUCUGAGGGGGAGUCUGGGCAGUGAGCAGCAGUGUCCCGGUACUGUUACCCCGAUAGCCCAUCUGUCCCAGGACACUGUCCCCACUGCCCAUUCUGUCCUGGGGUUGAGAGUGACCACAAAACUGUGAUGGUGAAAAACUUGGUCUUCUCCCCAAGCAGCCCCCUGAACACAGUUCCCUCCCCACCCCACCCCCAACUCCAUCUGGAGUACUGACUGUUUCCCCCCGGCCUGUUGUCAGGCCACAGGAGACGGUCAGGGGCCGAUUCCUCCCUCACAGCCCUGGGGUGGGUAGGAGGGGAGAGUGGAGAGAAAAAGGAUGGGUAGCAGGCACGGACACUCACUGUCCUGACAGGACAAACUUCAGGAAGAUCAUUUGACUCAAUAAAACUUCUUGAAUCCACAUCCUGUCUCUUUCCUCAUA